ACCGUGGACGUUACGACAGGACGUUAAACCUGGGACCCCCGAGACAGGAAGUGGUCAUUUGUCACAUCCUAUGGCUUGAAGUUUCAGACAUCUUUCCUGGUAGCAGCUCAUGGAUUUCCUCACGGAUUAUGGCAUCAAUGAGACCUACCGCGACAACACGAGCGAGGCGUUCAACGGCACGGACGUCGAAGCCAAGCACCAGUACAACUAUUAUGCUAUGCUCUUGACGCUGCUCAUUUUCGUCAUCGUGUUCGGCAACGUACUGGUGUGUAUGGCUGUCUCGCGCGAGAAGGCGCUGCAGACCACCACUAAUUACCUGAUUGUAAGCCUCGCCGUGGCAGAUCUCUUGGUGGCAACGCUGGUUAUGCCCUGGGUGGUGUAUCUGGAGGUGGUGGGCGAGUGGCGCUUCAGUAAAAUUCACUGUGACAUUUUUGUCACUCUAGACGUCAUGAUGUGCACGGCCAGCAUUCUUAAUCUGUGUGCAAUUAGUAUCGACAGGUACACAGCUGUUGCCAUGCCGCUGUUGUACAACACACGGUACAGCUCCAAGCGCCGUGUCACAGUUAUGAUCUCCGUGGUGUGGGUUCUGUCUUUUGCCAUCUCUUGCCCCCUGCUGUUUGGGCUAAACAACACAGCAACACGUGACGACGCCGUGUGCGAGAUUGCCAACCCGGCCUUUGUGGUGUACUCCUCCAUCAUGUCCUUCUACGUACCCUUCAUCAUCACACUUCUCGUCUACGUGCAGAUCUACGUGGUGCUGCGCAAACGACGGAAAAGAGUGAACACCAAGCGCAGUUGCCAGAGGGCGGACGCCGAGCCUCAGCUUCCUCUCAAGGAAAAGUGCACACACCCAGAGGAUGUGAAACUCCACACGGUCAUCGUAAAGACCAACGGGAGCAUGCCCGCUAAAAACAAGAAAACACUGGUGAUAAAGGAGGUGAUGCAGCAGGACAGCAAUGUGGAAGUGGGUCUCAUGGCCAUCCCCAGUCCACCUGAAAGGUUGAAGCUGGCACCUGCUGCGACAGGCUCUAUGAUGACUAGUCAGAUUCAUGCUUCACCCUUGGAAGAUGAGUGGCAGCCCAGUUCCGACGAGAAGAACGGCCAUGCCAAGGACGCCCAGAUGCCAGCGGGUGCCAAAGCUUUUGAAACGCAGACCUUGUCCAAUGGCAAGACGCGCACCAACGUCGCCAAGCCCAUGAGCAAGAGAAAGAUGUCACAGCACAAGGAGAAGAAAGCCACGCAGAUGCUCGCCAUUGUUCUGGGUGUUUUCAUUAUAUGCUGGCUGCCCUUCUUCAUCACUCACAUCCUGAAGACACACUGUGCCAGUUGCUAUGUGCCUCUGGAAAUGUACAAUGCCUUCACGUGGCUGGGAUACGUGAACAGUGCCGUGAACCCCAUCAUAUACACCACUUUCAACGUGGAGUUUCGCAAGGCGUUCAUGAAGAUCCUGCACUGCUGA